CUGAAGCUGAACCUUAAUCUACAAAUUCCAACACCAAAUAAUAUUCAAAUGUUUCUAUCUCUGACAAGAGAAGAAGGAAGACGACCCUGUGAAAUUGAGUAGAAUACUAUAAUUAUAACAGAAAAUUAAAGAACAAAAAAAAGAAGAAGCAAAUAUUCAUUCAACCUGCCCUUCCCUAAAGAAAGAAGCCCGAAGAACAUGGCUGACUCGGGCGAGUACGAUGAAAAAGUGGAUUCCCUCAAUGGCUGACUGAAGAAAAGUAAACACUCUUUUCAUCUGGACUAUUUCAAAUGCAGGAACAUUUUGUAACACCAGUCACUGAGGAUCAUCAGACUACAUGCUGGGGUUGUGGAUUGCGCCUCCUUCUACCAACUUACGCACCUGUUUUCAAGUGUGGCUGGUGUGGAGCCAUAACAAAUCAAAAUGUAAAUAAACCUGAAACCAAAUGUCUUUGGUGGAGGCGCUUGCGUGAUCGGUGCUUUGUUUGUACUCUCUUCAUGUUUAUGUUCUUUGUAAUAUGUGGGGGAGUAUGGGCAGUGUAUCCUGUUGUUUUCUCUGUCAGCUAUACUUGUGGGGUUCUUCAUUGCAUCUUAACAAUGACCUUGGCUGCAACUACUAUUUCUACCUUCAGCUUAGCAGCAUUUCAAUGUGCUGGUACACCGCCAAUCAUUUUGUGGGGUAGCUAUCCUGUUGUGGGGAAAGGUGGCCUUGAAAACUAUACCUUCUGUCACUAUUGUUCAAAGCCAAAAUCACCGAGAGCGCAUCACUGCCGUUCAUGUGGGACAUGUAUAUUGGACAUGGAUCAUCACUGUCCUUUUAUAGGGAAUUGUGUUGGAGCAGCAAAUCACCGGCACUUCAUUGCCUUCCUUUUCUCAGCCGUUGUCAGUACUAUCUAUGUUUCAGUCAUGUCCGCAUAUGCAGGGUCACAUAUCUGGCCACCAUUAAAGUACAGAUCUCCAGGCCACUUGAACGGUUUCAGCAGCGACUUGGCAUUGAGAGCAUUGAAGGAAGUGGUUCUCACUUUGCUGAGCUCUGCUGCGCAACUGUCUGCCCAGGGGCUUGUUCUUGUCUAUCUAUUUGUUUCGAGCGUUUCUGUGCAGAUCGGUUUAAGUGUUCUUCUAUGGCAGCAGCUUUGUUACAUAUACGAAGGUAAAACUUACCUGAGCCAUCUAAGCUCCCGGGGAAGUGAUCUGGUUGAGGAAAAAGAUUGCCAAAAUAUUUUCCGGUUUUUCGGUUGUCCAUAUUCGAUAUUGAGAUACUUGCCUAGUGUGCGAAAUUCGCGAAAGAUACACAAGAAGUGAAAAAAGAAAAUAUUGUUUUGAGUCGUCGUCAUCGUUAAUUAAUUUAAAUCGAUGACAGUAUGUUUAGUCUCUUUUAUUUUUUUCUUCUUCUCAUUUUAUGAUGGCUUUCAAUGUUUGAUCCUUUACCUCACUUAGAACAAAGAAUCCGUUACACUACAAGAGGAUAUCCAGGUUUUUUAAACCGUUUGGCUGUUAAGAACUUGAAAACCAGAGUUCACAACAAUGGGCUUCCAGCUGCUUUUGGUGUUCUGGUAAGCGGGCGAAAGGGGUGAUAUCAUUGUAUCGGCAGAUCGGACUUGGGUACAAAUUUUAUAUUGACAUAAUACUUACAGAUAUUUUUAAAUUAUUAUAAAAAAAUUAAA